ACCAAUCUCUUUACCAUCACCGCGGCGCCAGGUACUGAUAUCUGGCGCAAGCCUCCCACAACAGACGUCUUCAACGCUCCGGCCGUACGUCCACCAGGCGUAGCGCCGUCCGCAGGGCCUCUCCUCUCCUUCCUCUCCGCCCGUGUCUCGCUACGAUUCAACUGGCGCGACCAAUACGACCAGGGCGGUCUCCUGCUGAGCUUCAUCCGCCGCGAAUUCACCACCAUACCCACCUCCUCCUCUCCCCCUCCUCAAAAAUGGAUUAAGACGGGCAUCGAGUUCUACAACGGCAGCCCGCGCCUCUCCACCGUGGCAUGCGAUGCCUGGGCCGACUGGAGCGUGGCCGAGCUGCAAGCCCCUACGAGCAGCGCCGACGCUACUACUACUACUACAGACCGGUGGACGACGGUGGAGAUUGCGCGGGAGGAGGAUCAGCACGGGACGAGUCUGUGGGUGUACCAGGUGCUGGACAGCGGGGAGAAGGUGCCGCUGCGGGAGAUCUGCUGGGUGUUUGGGGAUCGGCCGGAAGAAUGGGAGGUUGAGGUGAAGGCUAUGGCGGCACGGCCAGGAAAGGGUGUUCCAGAAGGGGAAGGGCUGGUGGUGGAGUUUGGGGGUAUGGAGGUUAAAUGGUCGUGA